AAUAACACUCUGCAAACAUCACACCAGAGAUACCUCUGAAACAGUCAACGUGUGAGUCUGUGGAAGGACGUUAAACUAUUUUUGAACUCUUUUUCUUUUUUGCAUAUCAAUUUGUGCGUACGUUGAAAACUCUUCGACUGCCCAAUUUUUGAAUCUUGAAAUACCUACGCACGGAACGUAAAACUCGUCGUGUUUUUGUUGUUGGUGGUUAUUAUUGUCGUUAUCGCGUCCUUUUUGGGUGAAUCCUACACUGCAACGCACCAUGACCGAAUCACCUGAAACGCAGCGCCGACGGGAAGAAUGCGAGCGGAAGGCCCGUCGAGGGGAGAUGGAUCCCCGGCUGGAGUUCACCUUCCAGCUGCUGAUGGACGCCACCGGAUUGCCUCGGCAUCAGAUCAUGGACCACAUCUUCGAGGGAAAUAUGUUGGACGAGAUCAAUCAGCUCUUUCUGCCGAACAUGCGCAACAAGCUGAUGUGGUUCUACCAGGAGGUGGACGAAGUGGAUCAACCAGCCGAACGGGACAUCAGUAAGCCGGGUCCGUCCAGGGCUGGUGCUUCGAGCUCUUCGAAAACACCUCAAGGAGCAUCCGGUGGGGCACACCACAAGCAACACAAGCUGUUCAUCACCGAUGGGUGGAGUUGUGCCUUCACCGGGAUCUGCAUCUACAUGUUCCGCAUCAAUAUACAGAAACAGCUCCCAGAGGAAGGUUUCCACAAGGAUUUGUACUGUGGCUAUAUCGACGCCCACCGAGUGGGUUUGGUAACUUCGAUCGAGCGCAUCGUCGAGCACGUUUUCAUGCAAGCUCUAGCCUAUCCCAACAUCGAAUCCGAAGAUGAGGAAAUGAGCUGUAAUCUGAUCAAAUCCCAACUGCUGCCCGGGUUGCGCUCAUUCUGCAGUGCCCUGCGCGUUUGCGAGCAAGUCUGCAAUCAUUUUAACGUGUUUGAUGAUGGGAAGACAAUUGUCUGUCGUGUCGAUACACUGGCGGAGGUUAGAGAAAUGUCAAAAAGUGCAUCCACCUGUGCUGAGCUGGAGGAACGCGUCAACAACUGGAUCAAGGGCAUCGCCAAGAUCCUGAUGGAAAGCGAACAACUGCGUAGGGAGAACGAUUCCAGCGGUCCCCAGGACGAGCUGGAAUAUUGGAAGCGCCGUGGAGCGCAGUUUUCUCAACUUCUAUCCCAUCUGCAGGAACGGGAAGUACAGUGGACGUUGUACUGCCUUUCGCAGUCCGGCUCAAAAGUGUUGAAGCAAUGGAAAGAGACCGACAAGAAAAUUACGUUCUGCUACAAUGAGGCCCGCGAUAAUUCGAAAUUUAUUCAAGCCAUGGAGGCUUGUUGUCACUCGCUUUACUUAGACGAUCCCGUCAACAUGAAGGAGUCGAUCGUAAGCCUCCUGCAAACCGUCAGAUUGAUCUACAGUGUGUCGCAAUUCUACAACACUUCUGAGCGUACGUCCACGCUGAUGGUAAAAAUCACCAACCAAAUGAUCGAAACCUGCAAGUCAUACAUCACCUGUCGAGGCAAGGAAACGAUUUGGACCCAGGAUCGGGAUCUAGUUCGCACAAAACUCACCAACUGUUUGAAGCUUAACCACAUAUAUAGGGAAACCUAUCACGCCGUAAAAUCCCAACCGUUCCUCCCCGAUCAAAUCCCGUUUGCCUUCUCGGAAAACUACGUCUUUGGAAAAUUUGACACGUUCUGCGAUCGACUGUCGAAGAUUAUCUCCAUGUUCAGUCUAAUCGAUGACUACAACCACCUGUUUGAGAGACGUUUGGAAGGGCUACUGUUGGGUGAAGCCCUGGAAGAUGCAAUGAAUACCUUCGACGAAGCUCGGGUAGAAAUUAUUAUGAAAAAGUACGACUACCUAGAUCAGCGCAAUGUGGAUUUCAACAACGACUUCCAAGUGUUUAUGCAAAAAACUGACACCUUAAAGGAGACGAUCGCAUCCAUGAUUGAGCACAACUUCGACAGCGUUUGGGAAACGCCUCAGGGUAUCCGGUUUUUGGUUCGCUUCGAGAAAGUUUGCGAAAAGAUUCCCCUCAGCACAAUGGACGAAAAGUACCAACGCGUGUCCAAGUACUGCGAGAAGGAAAUCGAUCGCAUAUUGAAACUUUAUCGAAAGCAACGCGAUGAUCCACCAUUACCGCGAAAUUUCCCACCAAUAGCCGGACGUAUCAAGUGGUGUCGUUCGUUGGAGUACCAUCUGAAUGAGCUGGUCACCACGGUGACCACCCAUCCGGUACUAGCCGCGUUACCCACCACGAAAGAUAUCGAAAAUCGUUACAGCUCUGCGAAGAUCAUCCUGGCAGAGUACGAACAGGAAAUGACACAGAUUUGGCUCAGUCAGGAUGUUAGUGUGGCGGAUGCCUGUCUGGUGCAGCCAAUUUUGGCGCUGCAAGGUGACAGACUGGUCGUCAACUUGCAUCCGACCAUACCGCUGCUGAUACGCGAAAGUAAGUGCAUGGCGAAAAUGAAGAUCGAUCUACCGAUCGUGGCGGCAACGUUGCUCUGUAAGCAGACACACUUCAACACCAUACAGGACUCGCUGAAC